AUUGAUUGACAGCUGAUAAGUGACUUAUAAGAGUUUAAUUAAUUCUCAGUGCGUACGAAUCCAAUAAAAUAAGACAAAUUACAACAUCAAGGCGAUCAUCGAGGAUCUAGACAGCAGUUCUGAUCGAAUUCGAUGAGGCGAGACAUCAAGAUGUCAUAUCUUCAGAGGGUGGUAAUCGACAUUACCGUCAGAGUCUCGAGGGGUUGGAGGUAACUCCACCAGAAGGCCAGGAGUCUCAACAAAAACAAUUACAUUGAAGGCAACUUCCAGUGAUUGUACAGCCUCAUUACAAUAAAAAGAGUCAGUAAAAAUAGUAACAAAUACGUCGCCAAAUCAAUAAUAGUGAUUAUCAACCCUGGGACAUUAAUAGAAAAUUGAAAAUGCCCUGUGAAAUGAUAACUCUGCAGCUCGGCCAAUGUGGCAAUCAGAUUGGCUUUGAGUUCUGGAAACGACUCUGUGCCGAGCAUGGCAUCAAUCCGGAGGGAAUACUCGAGGAUUUUGCCACGGAGGGAACUGACAGGAAGGACGUUUUUUUCUAUCAAUCUGAUGAUGAGCAUUACAUCCCUCGGGCUGUACUGCUCGAUCUGGAGCCUCGGGUUAUUCAUACUAUUAUGAAUUCACCGUAUUCCAAGCUGUACAACCCAGAAAAUAUUUAUCUCUCGAAGCAUGGAGGUGGUGCAGGGAAUAACUGGGCAUCUGGAUAUCAUCAGGGGGAAAAACUCCAGGAGGAGAUAUUCGAUAUUCUCGAUCGUGAGGCCGAUGGCAGUGAUAGUCUGGAGGGAUUUGUUCUGUGCCAUUCAAUAGCUGGGGGCACCGGAUCCGGAAUGGGAUCGUUCAUGCUGGAAUCACUGGCUGACAGGUUUCCCAAAAAACUGAUAGAAACGUACAGUGUCUUUCCAAAUCAGGACGAAAUCAGUGACGUUGUAGUCCAGCCCUAUAACUCCCUCCUCACCCUGAAACGCCUGACGCAGUGUGCAGACUGUGUGGUGGUGCUGGACAACACCGCCCUGAACCGAAUCGCCUCUGACCGCCUGCACAUUCAGAAUCCCAGCUUCACCCAGAUCAACAAACUAGUCUCAACAAUAAUGAGCGUGAGUACAACGACCCUGAGGUAUCCCUCGUACAUGAACAACGACCUGGUAGGCUUGAUAGCCCCCCUGAUCCCUACUCCUCGUCUGCACUUCCUGAUGACCGGCUACACGCCCCUCACCACCGACCAGGAGGGCCAGUCUGUGAGAAAGACGUCGGUGCUAGACGUCAUGAGACGUCUCCUCCAGCCGAAGAACAUGAUGGUCUCGACAGCACUGGACAGAAACGCCGCUCACUGCUACAUCUCCAUCCUGAACAUAAUUCAGGGAGAAGUGGAUCCAACUCAAGUCCACAAGUCAUUGCAGAGGAUCAGGGAGAGAAAACUCGCACAGUUCAUACCCUGGGGGCCUGCUAGCAUACAGGUCGCCCUCUCCAGGAAGUCCCCGUAUAUUCAGAGCGCCCACAGGGUGUCGGGCCUCAUGCUGGCUAAUCACACCAAUAUUUCCUCACUGUUUGAUCGGGCCCUUCAGCAAUAUGACAAGCUCAGGAAACGUGAGGCCUUCCUCGAGCAGUUCAGGAAGGAAAAAAUGUUCGAGGAUAAUCUGGAUGAACUAGAUAACUCCAGGGAAGUCGUCGAGUGUCUCGUGAAGGAGUAUCAAGCCGCUACUAAACCGGAUUACCUCACGUGGAAUCCAAAUAAAGUGGAGUAGGGGCAGGUGUGAGGAAUAAAUGGAUUUUUUUACUUUUGGUGGGAUGAGGUUGACAUCUAGAAAGAUUACUGAGAUUUUUGGAGAUUAUUUUGAUUGAAGAAUUUGAUUCUGAUUGAUGAAAUUCAUUUUCCUCGCUUUGAAAAUUAUCUAUGGCGACCAUUGAGUAGUUAAUGAGUAGCAAUCAAUAUUUGACCAUGAGUAACGAGUAAUUAUUGUUAGUAAAUCAUUGAAACAACAAAGAUAUCCAAAAAUUUUUAUUCGUCAUAAAAACAAUCAAUUUAAUUUUCAUCAAAUAUAAAACAUCUAUUUAUUCUUUUCUAUCAUGCUUCAAAACUUUAUAACUCAAUUCAGAGAGAGAAGGUGAUACAGAACAUGAUUAGGAGGAGAACAUUGUUGCCAUUAGUGAUGAAUUUCACAACUUUAAGACAACUUUAAGGUACCGUUACGUUCAAAAUUACAGCACGCCAGGUCAUUCAUCCAGUAUUUUUGUAAAUACUCGUAUGUAAUACCCUAAAAUCGUUCUAUACACGAAUUACUGCAGUGUUGCUUGUUAUUUUGCUGGCGGAAAUGACUCCACUGCACUCGACACAACUCGUGAUAUUGAAUGGAUAAUUAUAAUAAUGAAAUACAUUUUUUUUACAAAGUCA